CUUAAACCCUAAAUAAGCGAGCAAGAUGGAUGCUGUGAGCCCCGCUCGUCGCGAUCACUUCAAGCCAUCGGUCGCGAGUGGAGCUGGGCAGAGGCGGCGCAAAUUGGCGGUCGCGCUGAGCAAAGAGCGCCGGGAUGCUGCCGUGCGAGCCAAGCGAAUGCGCAGGAGCCAAGACGUGGAGGAUGGGAUGGAAAUGUACUGCGAGGGCGACGAGGAUUCGAGGAUCGCCUUGGAGAAUGACGUGAAAUCGGCAGUGGCGGAGCUAGUCAGCGCUAGCCAAGACAUCUCCAAGGGAGCUUCUAAUCGGAAGCUAGAAGCUCUUAAGAAGGUGAGGCGAUUUCUUUCGUGCAGCUCUUUGCCGCCAGUGAGCGUUGCUGUGGAAGCUGGUCUCAUCCCAGUGCUUGUGGAGUGCCUGAAAUUUGGAUCAAGCGAAGAACAGCUGCUUGAAGCUUCUUGGUGUUUGACAAACAUCGCUGUAGAGGAUGUCCAGCAGCAAGAAGAUUUGCUAAUGCCCGUUCCUCUUCUCAUUGCUCAUCUUGGAGAAAAUAGCUCUCUUCUUGUUGCGGAGCAGUGUGCAUGGGCUCUGGGAAACUUUGCCGGUGACAGCGAGGAGAUAAGAAAAAUACUUCUUGCUCAAGGAUCUCUUCGGCCGCUUGCUCGAUUGGCCUUGUCUCAAAAAACGUCUGUCGCACGAACUGCUUGCUGGGCUCUGUCAAAUCUCAUCAAGGGUCCAAGCACGAAAGGUGCUUCGGAUUUGCUUAGCAUCGAUGGCAUUCUGCCAGGUCUCGUUCAACACUUGCAUUCAAAGGAUGAAGAUUUGGUUGCAGAGACGGCGUGGGUCCUCGUCUAUAUCAGUGCUCUCGCUGAUACUAAGCAGCUGAUUAACGCUACUUUGCUUCGACCUCUCGUGGAGUGGCUGGCAACAUCCAACCAGCUUACAGUUCUUACCCCUGUGCUACGAGUUAUUGGGAACAUAGUUUGUGGAGACAACAAGAUGAGUGAUGGCGUGAUUGCUGCUGGCUCCACUGUCCCUGGUGGUGUUGUUGGAGCGCUUGUCCGCUGCUUACAGACGAAUCAUAGAGCGUUGCAGAAGGAAGCUGCGUGGGUGAUCUCCAACUUAGCUGCUGGAUCCAUGCAGCACAAAGAGCACGUCUUCCCUGUAGCCUGUGGUCCACUGGUGAAUCUGCUCGCGACAGCCAGCUUCGACGUGAAGAAGGAAGCCGUCUACGCGCUGGGAAACCUCUGCGUGAUGCCGAAAGAAGCAACAGCAGCACAGACAGCGUCACAGCCCAUCCACGCUCAUCUCUCGGCGCUCGCCCAAUCCGGCUGUGUUGCCGAGUUCGUCAAUCUGGUGAAGUCGCCCGACCCGGAGGGAUCGAAACUCGGCCUCCAGUUCCUGGAACUGGUGAUGCGCUGCCUCCAAAACGGCACAAAGCUCGUGGAAGGUUGCGAUGGGAUGCUGGCGAUUGAGAUGCUCCACUUCCACGAGAACGAUGAGCUGAGAAACAUGGCGAAUCACCUCCUCGACACUUACUUCGGUAGCGAGCUCGAAGAAGAAGAAGAAGAACACGCCUAGAGCUCGAAGAAAAAGAAGAACUCGAGCGAGCUCCAAGAAGAGGAAGAACUCGCGUAGAGUUCCUGUACAAGUGGUAGAAACGCUAUUGAUAGUUUUCUCUGUGUAAUCGCCGAAACAGUAGAGAAGAGAAUCAUCAUCGAGCGCGAAGAAGAGUUCUACGUUAUACAUAGUUUUUAUUU